AUGCCGAGCACAGCCCCGGGAUGGCCGAGCCCAGGAGGGGAGCAGCGGGGACACUGCCCUGCCCAGGGCACGCCAGAUCCUGCUGAGCUGUCCUUUGGGGCUCCCUGCCCCGUCAGGAGGCUGCUCCUGCUGCUGGGGCUGGCCGGGCUGCUGGCGGGGACGGCGGCUGGGACGUGGCUGCUGGUGAAGCGGGUGAAGGAGCCCCCGGCGGGACAGGGCUCCCCCCAGGAGCAGGGGCUGGAUGUCAUCCCAGCGUGUGAGGAGGGGGAGGAGGAGGAGCCCGUGGUCCGCGGGGCUCCCAGCACAGGACCCUGCACGGGGGGAGGGAGCUCACAGUGCAAUGGAACGCCUUCAGUGUCCUUCAGGAUCAGCACAGCGAAUUCCUUGCUGGAAGCACGGCUGGAAGCACAUCCUGGCUGGCUCCUGGUGUGCCACGGGCACUGGGGUCCCUCCCUGGGCACCCUGCUCUGCCAGCAGCUCGGGUACCUCAGCAUGACCCGGCAGCAGGGGGUGAAGCUGCGGGAUGUCCGGGUGAGUGCGGGGCAGCGGUUCCUGCAGGCCACACCCCGGCAGGGAGGCAGCCUGCAGGACAUGUGGCAGGUCAGGAGCAGCUGCCAGUCCGGCCGGAUCGUGGCUCUGCAGUGCUCAGAGUGUGGGCUGCAGGCGGGGGCCGUCAGGGUGGUGGGGGGCACAGACGCGGCCCCCGGGCGCUGGCCCUGGCAGGUCAGUGUGUGCCAGGGCUCCCGGCACCGCUGUGGGGGCUCCGUGCUGGCCCCCGAGUGGAUCCUCACGGCAGCUCACUGCGUGCACAGUUUCAGGCAGCCCCCAGCCCCAGCCUGGCUGGUUUUUGCUGGAAUUGUCACCCACGGCUCUCUCCAGCCCGAGGCCGGGGUGCCGGUUCGGGAAAUCAUUCCCCACCCACUCUACAGCGACAGCAGCCUCGACUACGACAUCGCCCUGAUGAGGCUCCAAGUGCCCCUCAAUUUCUCAGGUGCCAUCCGAGCCGCGUGCCUGCCGCCGUCCCCGCAGGACCUGCUGCAGGGCACGCAGUGCUGGGUGUCGGGCUGGGGCUACACCUCACCUGAGCAAGCACAGGUGGCCGGGACGCUGAAGGAGGCCCUGGUGCCCCUGAUCGGCACCCGGAGGUGCAACAGCUCCUGUGUGUACAAGGGUGAGCUCACGGCCAGGAUGCUGUGUGCAGGACACCUGCAGGGACGCGUGGACGCCUGCCAGGGGGACAGCGGCGGCCCUCUGGUGUGCUGGGACGGAUCCAUGUGGCGCCUGGUGGGAAUUGUGAGCUGGGGCCAGGGCUGUGCUGAGCCCAACCACCCCGGCGUGUACACCAACGUGGCUCAGCUGCUGCCCUGGAUCCACCGGGUCACACAGAUCCACUAGAAAUCAGGCAAGGACAGACUCCACGCAGCAGCCC